UUUCUUAGUUAGUCCUAUCUGAGCACAGGACCCCAAUGCUUCUAUAAUAACACCUCUGAUUGUUUACAUUUAAUGUAUUGCUUUUUUUCACAUUGAUUCCGUCAAACAGCUAUUCACGCUUUCAUCCCAAAGUUCCCAAUUAAGUGUUGUUAUUAUGUAUUCGGAGUAUAUAAUUGAGUCUUUACACGUAAUUUUCGUAAAAGACUCUUAAUGGUAUAGUUGCUUACAGGAAAACGAAACCACAUGUUUUCAACCAUCAAUUUGACUUAGUUUUUUCGUCAGUGUUUGUGACAUGACAUGCUAUUCUAGUUUCACGCAGCCCCCCAUUCUUUUUUACUUUUUAGACUAAAAUCACUAAAUAUGCAUGUAUCCCAUUAGAUCAUAGUGCAGAGUGCUAUUGGUGGAACCUCCAUGGAAGAGCUAUUGUGCUCUUCAAAAGACGAGGCGCCUCAAGCUACUGCAUAAACAGGGUCUACUGUGGAAAAUAUUAAAUAGAAAGAAUUUGGCAAUGUUUCAAGCUGUCAACAGCUCUUUGCUCAACAAGUUUAUUCACGAAAAGUAUUUUCUAUAUGAUGGCCAUUCAUAUGCCACUACAGAGUUCAGCAUUCCAAAUGACGUGGAUGCCUACACUCGUGAGUUAAUCAACUUCAUGAAACAAGGCGUGUAUGGAGCCAUAAAAAGAAAACACUUAAAAAGUGUUUCUUUUUAUGUAUACGGAGGGGCAGCACAGCCUGAAGAAGUUUGCAUUUCGUUCGAGGACACAAACCAGAGCACAAGUUCAAAUCUGAACCGGGACCCGGCACUUCAGAUAAUGUCUACUAUGUCCAGAUUGUUACGUGGUUUCUUUGAAUUAAAAAAAGAGCGAAGUAUUGGAAUGCGCGUUGAGUACAAUGACAAGUCAACGGAUUUUCGUGGAAUUGUCUCGAAUGAAGUCACUACAUUGGAGAGGAUUGGAGGAGAGACUAAUAUGGAUCAUUUUAUGAUGGAUAUACAUGCCAUUGACAGAAAUGUAAUGCACGAGGAUGGCAAUGAGAUGCUGGCUUGAGGUACUCCUUGUUUCAUGAGGGGGUUCACUUGUUGUAAGUUUGACAUGAAUUUUAUUCCUCUGGCGUGUUCGCGUGACCACACUAUUACAUAGUAUGAUAACAUAUCAUUUUAGGGCAUCAUUAUUUUCUAUAACUUCUGUAAGUUGAUAGCUGAGUACAAUUAACAUAUUAGCUGGGAAUAUGAGAUUCAGUUAUGAGAAUGAGUGCAAAAUUGAG